ACUCAAGAAAAAAAACCCAAAAUAACAAAGAAAAAUGGGUGCCUGUAAGGUUCCACCCAUAUCCUGUUUCCUCCUGCCCACACCCCCAAACUGCAAAACCCCAAUCCCAAUCCGUCAAAAAUUAAACCCCAGUUCUCCAAACAGACGGGGUUUGUUGAUUUCCACCUCCAGUCUUUCUGUUCUUCUUCUUCCCCCUCCCACUUCCUCCUCUGCUCUUCCCACCUUCGACCCCGUCUCUCCAAAUGAAAGAGACGCAAGCGCUGACGUCUCUCAGAGAGUCUCCGAAGCCGUCAGUUUGUUGGAGAAAGGUAGAGAGUUGCAAGCUCAGGGCGACUUCGAACGGGCUCUUCAGUACUUCACUCAGGUAGUUAACAACUAUAAAGACUUUGCUUUCUCAGACUAUGCAAGAGUAGGGAGGGCAUUGGCCUUAUAUGAGGUUGGUGACAGACAAGAAGCUAUAGCAGAGAUGGAAGAUGUUUCCAUAUCUCUAAAGGGAUAUCCAGAAGUGCAUGCAGCUCUAGCAGCAGCUUUAUAUGCAGACAAGCAUGCUCCACUCCUUGCUGAAAACCAGUUCACAAUUGCUACUCUACUUGAUCCUCACUAUACAGACAUUGCCUAUGUAAGAGAAACAAAGCAUUGGCCUCCAAGCUUAAUUAGUUCAUUGCAACACUUCAUCACACUCUCAUAGACCUUUCUAAUAUUGUAUAUAGAGCUUGUUAUUGGCCAAAGGUAACUGCCAUGGAUGUUUGGUUAUUCUGGUUGCUUUUUACUUGCAAAUCGUGAAAUUUUAAAGCUAUAUAUUUCAUGUAAUGUAUCAAUAUUUCACAUAUCAGAGCCAAGUGGUAUAUGGGAAUACAGACAGUGCAUUUUGUUGAUUUC